CAUUACAUAACAGAUCAUAAAGACCAUGGCGCUGCCCGAGGGAUUGUCUAACAAAAUGAAAGUCUUCCAGGCUGUCAACGAUGUGCCAGUUUUCCUGAAAGGUGGCCCCAUAGACAAGGCGUUGUUCGGCAUUACGGCGGGACUGUGCGGACUCGGACUAAUUAGCAUUGUCCAUAUGAUCUACACAAUGGGCUUUGCCAAGAAGAAGGCCUAAUCUAAGCGCUCACAUGUCAUGUUUUAUCUAUUGAAGCAAGACACUGUAUUGUUAAUGAUUUAAUUAUUAAAUACAUGAGAAAUCUACAUUUUGAA